UUUAGAUUAUAAUCACAACAUUAAUGUUACUAUUAAUUAGGGGAGAAGAAUCAGCUGAACUACUUGAACCUAGAAAAACAAAAAUAGGCGUUUUGGGGUUAGGAAGUUCAAUACCUACACCACCCGAAGGUAUACAAGCUGAGCUAAUAGUUGUGCGAACUUUUGAUGAACUAAACGAGCCAGCUGUAUCUGCAGCUGUCAGAGGAAAAAUUGUUGUUUUUAACAAUGAUUACAUUACUUAUGGAAAAUCUGUGAUAUACAGAAAUCAAGGUGCUACCAAAGCUGCCAAACUCGGUGCUGUAGCAGCACUUAUAAGAUCUGUGACGCCAUAUUCCAUGUACACUCUCCAUACCGGACAACAAUCUUAUCAGAAAGGAGUUAAGAAUAUUCCUGUGGCUUCAAUUACCGUUGAAGAUGCUAGAAUGUUACAAAGAUAUCAGGACAAAGGCGCCAAAAUGGUACUCAAACUCCACCUGCACUCCGAGACAUUUCCUGACACAACAUCCAGAAAUGUGGUAGCCGAAAUUAAGGGAUCCCAAAAACCGGAAAAAGUCGUGAUAGUUUCAGGUCACAUUGACAGCUGGGACGUAGGGGUAGGUGCGUUGGAUGAUGGAUGUGGUGCUUUUAUUUCUUGGUAUGCCCUAGCACUGCUGAAAAGUCUUAAUUUACAAGCUAAAAGAACAGUAAGGGCUGUUUUGUGGACAGCUGAAGAACCAGGUUUAAAGGGAGUUAUUGAAUAUGACAGAGCGCAUAAACAUGAAUUGGAAAACUUUACUUUUAUUAUGGAAUCAGAUGAAGGUGUAUUUACCCCUCUAGGUAUUGAGUAUGCUGCUGGUAAAAAGGGAGGAUGUGUAAUAAAAGAAAUUGUAAAAUUAUUGGCUCCAAUAAACGCCACCUACACCAAAUCCUACGAUUCAGUAAGCUCCGAUAUCACCAUUUGGGCUCAACAGAUACCGACAGGAAGUCUUUACAACAAGAACGAAAACUACUUCUGGUGGCAUCAUUCAGCGGCUGACAGAUUGGACCUCAUCGUGCCAGACAACUUAGAUAAGGGUACUGCCGUUUGGGCAUCCGUAGCCUAUAUUAUUGCCGAUUUAAAAGACGAAUUUCCUAGGGAGUUCAAUGAUAUCUCGACGCUUUCCAAUGUUAAAUUAAUAGAGAAGCUUAAAGAAACUUUCAAGCAGAAGUAUACAUGA